CACAGAGUUAACAGGACGACUGUAAAGUGAAUUAAAUACACUUUACUCAGAAAGUGCGUGUUUAGUACAUGCCUUUCCAUUUAAAGGGAUAAGUUUCAGAGAAUUGUGAGUACAUUUGUACAUAUUUGAUGGACAACGAGGAAUUCAAAUGAAAAUGUGCCCAUUCAUCAAUGCCGUGUUAAGAUAGACGAUUCCAUAUAUUAAGGCAAAAUGUGUCAACUUUGGUUUAGGUCAGUGCUCUGUUUCAUGGAGAAAGACACAGUAUAUAAGUGUUGUGAGUAAUACCAAGGAAAAUGAGACAAGUUUUAUUUUCUGUGCUUGACGUAUCAGAAUGUAUGAGCCAUCGGUAUGAGAAAACAUCACGGCAGCACGUCAGGUGUACUAGCAGUGAAUGUGCCACCAUGUUUUAGAAAGUCAGAAUACUGUGUUAUGAUACUUCAGUCAAGAAAUAACUAUCCUAAUGUUGGGAUAUCAGCUUUCUUUAAAGGGCCUGAUCAUUCACCAAACGUUUUGGUGGAUGAUGGUGACAGUUUCAUAUACUUAUCCUACUUUCAACAAACGGUCAAUGUCACUCCAGAAUGGGGUUACCCCCAACUGGACAGGAGCAAACACCCAAGGGAAAACUUGCCUAAGCUUCUGUCCUUACGUCAAUUGUAACAAUGGCACUUGCUUCCAGGACCCGAAAAAUUGCGGUUUGUCCUGUAUUUGUGAAGUUGGCUACUGGGGACGGAGAUGUCAGUUUGAAAUCCGGACUACCACGUUAUCUCCAAUACAUCCAGAUCCGAAAUCCAGUUCAGAUAGCGAUAUAGUGAGAAAGUCCCUCAGCGGAAGCGUCAAAGACAAUGUGGAAGUUAAAGGGAACACAUCUUCACUUAAUACAUCUAAAGUCAGUGAAGGGGGUGAAGACAAUCUUGAGUCAAAUGCAGAAACGAGUGAAACCAGUACAGAAAAUCCUACAGAAAGUUUGACUAGAUCUUUGAAUUCAUUUUUACCAGCCUCGAACAGAAACAUAUUAGAUGAACCACCAUCGCGGAAUAAGCAGAGAAAUGGUGGUACAAUUCCAGUGGCAAGCGUGGAAAAAGAAGAUAGAAUUACUAUUAAAAUGAACAAGUCGAAAACUAAAAUCGAGAGCACCUCGACAUCGCGCACAACAACGACACAGACUGGUUUUCCUACGGACAAGGAAGAAGUAUUGUCUGAAACCAUGCUUACCACUACGACAAAGAGUCUAGCAAUGAUCACAACAAUAGCUACGGAUCAUGAAGAUGGCCAUGAUGAUGAAAAUGAAAGUCUUCUGCUCAGUACUUCCAAAUCAGAAUUGGCCUUGAGUGUUUUGGAGCCAUUUAAAUCGAAAUAUUUAGACGAGUGUGAAAAGAAUUGCUCUAAUGAUAACGUGUGUGUUCCUAUUCAAAACAAUUUCCAUUGUUACCCAAAGAAAUACCAGUGUCUUAGUGGCUUCCCUUGUGAUAAUGGUAUUUGUGUGAAAAAUGACAGCCAAAUCAAGUGUUUAUGCGAGCCAGGAUGGAUUGGUGAUAUGUGUGAUCGAAAAUGUUUUCUGAAUUGUAAUGGUGGAACCUGCUACCGUGGCACAGGGGAUUCCGAUGGCGAAAUAGUUUGUCUUUGUACUUUUGGAUAUGAAGGAAAACGAUGCGAACAUCAGGUGGAGAUAAUACCCGAGGAGGAAGACAGUUGGCAUUGGUAUGUCUUGAUUCCAGUGAUCUGUUGCUGUUUCAUAGUGGUCGUGGUUUUAGCUACUAUACUAUACUGCAUGCAGAAGCGGAAAUGGCUAUUUGCGAUGAAAAUUGUUCAUUUUUUUAAAGACUAUGAGGAUGAUGAUGGCAAAGAAUAUGAUGCGUUUAUUUCCUACAAAUCUUCCAAAGAGGACGAAGACUUCGUUCUUCACCAGCUCUAUCCUAAGUUGGAGGAAGAGAUGGGCUUCAAGCUGUGCAUGCAUUUCAGAGAUUUCACUCCAGGAGACAUCAUAGCUAACAACAUUAUACACGCUAUAGAAAACAGCAGAAGGACAAUAAUGGUUCUGUCCCCUAAUUACGUGGAGAGUGAGUGGUGUCGAAUGGAAUACCAGAAAGCACAACACGAAAUGUUGAAGAGAAAGCACAGAAUAAUUCCAAUUAUGUUCAGAGAUAUUACAAAGGCUGACAAAUGUGACAGCGCUCUCCAUGAUAUCUUGCACACAGUGACGUACAUUCAAUGGCCUGAGGAUGGCGAUUCCUUAAAAAUCGACAGGUUUUGGAAUCAGCUCCGAUUAUCCUUACCAAAGAAACGUAUGCAGCCUUCUCCAUCUUCUCCCUCCACUGAAAGUCUGUCUACAGAAUCAUCUGAUAUAUAUUCUUCUUCAUCUUCCAUUUUACCACCAAUACCAAGUACUCCAAUCAGUUCUUCCGUCAUUGAUAAAUCGCCAAUUUCUAAGAGUGACAACAUUUUCAACAUUACUGGCAAAGAAAGUUCUAUUCUCAACAGUUCGUAUCCGUCGUAUGUUACAAAAGAAAAACCUGAUUCAGAUUUGAAUAAUCCACAACUAGAUGAUUCAUCAAUCUCCGAUGUCCAAGUGCAGGGUUCGUCCGCGAAGCAAUCUCAGAACGAACAUUCGUCGAGUCGGCUUCGAAAAAUAGUAAAAGACAUGUUAAAGCUGAAAAUCCAUUCGCGUUCAAACUCUUUCAUGCGCUUACAACGUGAAGGGUCCAUUGAAACACCGACUCCAACCACGUCAUCACCAAAUGUGUUGUUAGAUAAGGAGGUCAAUCCACUAAUUGCAAAAAGAAAGAACAAAAAAUCGUCUACAUGGACAGCCAAGUCUCUGCAACAUACCUUGAGACCAUGUGCGCGGUCGAUGAGUGAAAAAGACUGUUCUGUCAAUAGACUCGAUAUUCUUCCGCAAUCGUCUGUUCACAGACGAGAGUUACCAGACGUUUGCCAGCAUCUGGAUCAGGGACAUGACAAUGCUGGCUUUGAAAAUGAUAUUGCAACUGACAAAAGAAAAAAUGGUACAGAAAAAGACCAAGGCAAUGCCACGUCAAUGGAUUCUAGCAGAAAUACAGAUCUGUCAAACGAAUUGGAAAGAAACAUUCAGAAAUCUCAGAACGAUAGUGAAGAGAGUAAACAAUUCAAAUGUGAUUCAAAUGUGCCAUCGGUAAAUGUAGGGAGAAAGUGCGGUUCAGAUUCAACAAACGUGUGUGUGACAUGUAUCCAAAAUAUUGAAACAAGUAACCUUUCAGAGGGUGAUAGCAAAAGUGAACAAGGCAAGCAAGUUUUUAGAAGUUUUAGAAACGAUCUUGUGAGGAAAAGCAAAAAAUCCAACGUUCCAAGAAGACAUAGUGAUGGGGUUAAAAUCAAUAUACAAUCAACGAUAUUAAAUGAUAAUCAAUUGCCUGUCAACAUUACAGAAAGUUCUAUCUUUAAUUGUGACUACCCCUCGUACCAAACAAUUGGAGAAGUGUAUGGCAACUUAAAUAGUGGUUUAUACAACUUCGGCAGUGAUGGAAAUCUGCAGAACAGUAAUAUAAGUGAUUCAUCGAAUAUCUUUAACGACUGGAUUCAUGAACCGUAUUUAGAAACACAUACCGAAAGUGGUCAAAAUGUUGUGCCAAACAUGAAAGUCGUAGAUUUAGAUGAAUUAAAUCACAAUUCAAGUUGUUCACAUAAUUCUACUAAUACUAAUACCGAAAACGUAAAUUCAAAGAGGAAUUUUUCAGAUAAUCCUCAGAGUUCAAUGGCUAAUACAACUUUAUCAUAUGAUAGUGAAUGUCAGAUUCGGACAAAGGACUGUUGUAACAUGUCUAACAAUUCGUGUGUUCAGUAUAAUGUUUUACCAGAUGAAUCCUUCCAUCGAAACUGUGAGACAUGCAUCAUAGCAAAUGACUCGGAUACCAAUUGUAACAACAAUCCCGGUCUCUCCAUAUACAUUCCUCCUAGUUAUAUUUUACCCGCCGUUCAAACGGACACUUCCAAAAUCCAGAACACAGCAACCGACUGUCUGAUAGCACGUGGUCCUUCAGGUGGUGCCUGUUCUAAAGAUGUACAGCGACGGUCCUCGGUUCCCAAUUCUCCAAAAAUAGCCAAGACUUUGAAGAGAAAAAUGCCGUCACUCCCUCGGAGGGUGUCGGCGCCUCAUGUGUUGAACGCUGUCCUUGAGAUAAAGGACAAAGACCCCUGCAGUGAGGACCUCCCUACCCCUGUUCCUCCUGUCAGGAGGAAACGAAGGCAAAGGAACAAUGUUACAAAACCCAGCCAGUAGGCUGUGUGCCGAGGGCAAACCCUAUUUGUGUAAUUUUUAAUGCAUUGAUUUUUACAAAUAAGUGUGGUAUAUUAAUUUAUGUAAUGCUUUGAAAAUCCAAUUAUUUUGUAUUUUACUUGUGUAUUGCAAAACUCUGUGAAUAGCUGUUGUUACAAGAUUAGACUGUGUAACAUUGUAUAAAUGUAUAUUUAAUGACAAUGGAGAAAAGAAAAGGCUUAAAGGAAUAUGCCAAAAAUAUUCAAACAUUGAAUAGUAAUGUGUGACUUAUAAUAGAAAAUUACAAGAUAAGGAUUGGUAUGUGAAGUAUUGUUGAAUUUUUGAAUGAUAUUAUAAUUUUAUUCACUUUGGAAGAUAGAUAUGUUUUUCAUUAUUUCUAGUAUUAUUCUGGGUGCUAAUACUGUAACUAGCAUGUUUUCCAGCAUUUUGUCACAUCGGGCAAAAUGUUCUGGAAUACUACAAGUACUAUGUCACGAAAUAUCCAAAUGGAAGUAGAUAAACUUUAUAUACAAAUUGAAACAGUAUAAAAGACACCGAUAUUUGAACGGAAAGGCAUUAUGUAUUCAUUACCUGAUUUUUUUUUAUUGAUUGAAUGUCUAAGAUUAUAUGUGAAGAAAUACUCAAUAUAUUUUGUAUGCUUCAAUUGUAUUCCAUAUUACCGUUGUCAUGAAAUGGUGACAUACUAGUUCUUUAUAAUGAAAUUUUACAGUAUUACAAUACAAUAAAUUCUAAAAUUAA